GUACUCUGUGCAUCCACAUCUCGCCGUCACAUGCUUCUGAUUGUUGUUGUUGUAUAUAUGUGCUCGAUUAGUUGGCUUAACAGUUGCUGUAAGCAAGCAGCGAUCCAGCCUGGGUGAUCUUCGUUUCUGUUUCUGCUGCCACUGCCGCCGGGUACAUGCAUGGCUAAUUUCGGUCCUCAUCAACUAGGGGAUACCCGCUUGGUGGAGCCAAGAGUCGCCGCCGGACGGCUGCUGGACUUCUGGAACGCAUGGGCAACGGAGAUCCUCGUAAUCCUGAGCCUCACGCAGCAGGUGGCCCUCCUCUUCUUCUCCGGGAUCCGCCGGCAGCAAGGCCGCAGCCUCAAGAGGCUCUUCCUCUGGCUGGCAUACCAGUUGGCGGACAGCACCGCCAUUUACGCCCUCGGCACCCUCUCCCUCAUUAGCACCCUGCGGCAGCACCGGCUGGUCGCCUUCUGGGCGCCCUUCCUGCUGCUGCACCUCGCUGGCCCUGACAACAUCACGGCCUACUCCCUCGAGGACAACAAGCUGUGGAAGCGCCACCUGCUGACUCUCGUGGUGCAGGUGCUGGGAGCAGGGUACGUCAUCUACAACCAUAUCGCCGGCGGUGGGAUCCUCUUCUCGCUGGGUGCAGCCUUGAUGACAGCUGUCGCGGUCGCCAAGUUCUGUGAGAAGAGAUGGGCUCUCCGGUGCGCCAACUUCGGCGUCAUCCGGGAGUCUUUGGAGGCGGAGGACGCCGAGCAGCUCGGAAAAUGUGCUCUUUACCUGGAGGGCAGAGCGCCUCGAGGAGGGUUCAAAGGGAAGGUGGUGGAGAAGGAAGAGUUCCUCAUGCUGCGCACGCACGCCGUGUUCCGCGUCUGCAUGUCCGCCAUGGUGGAUUCCUCGGAGAACCCGGGGAGCUACAUAGUUGACAUACUUAGGUACCUGAAGGAGAAGGAGAUGAGGUACAUGUGGACGCUGGUGGAGAUGGAGCUGUCGCUGAUGUACGACAUCCUGUACACCAAGGCGCCCGUGCUCCACACUCUGCCUGGCUACUGCAUCCGCGUCGUGUCGCCGCUCGCCGUGGUUGCUUCCCUCCUGCUGUUCCAGUUCUACGGCAGGGAGGAGGGGGACAGGACCGCGGACGUCGCCAUCACCUACGCCUUGCUGGGCAGUGCCUUCCUCAUGGAGACGACGGCGCUGCUGAGCGCGCUCUGGUCUACCUGGACGUUCUUCUUUCUUUGCGCGACGCGGUGGAGUGGUCUUCGGCACUCUGCCCUGUGUCUGAAGCGGUGGCACCGGCUUCGUCGCAUGAUCCUGUCGCUCCGCCGGCUUGCCCACAGCACUGGAAUUGCUGGCUUCUUCAGGCUGUCAAGGAGGUGGACGGGCACCAUGGGGCAGUACAACAUGUUAAAGAUGUGCACUGCGAAACCUGGUUGGUUGGCACUUGGCAGGCUAUGGCAUGCCGGCUGUUGGUGUUCCAGAUAGCUUGAAAGACUCGGUGGUCACUUGCAUUUGCAUAGAGCACAUGGUCAAACGUGCGCACAUCAACACACCAGGAAUGGUCAGAGCGAGUUGGGGCACGGAGACACUGCGGAGCUGGCAGGAGGAGAAAGGCAUUAGUAUUGAUAGCAAGUUCCUUGGUUCUGAGCUCCAAGAGGGGAUCAUCAUCUGGCACAUUGCCACUGACGUCUUCCUCGCCAGAAGGCAGGCUGAGAUCGAGGGCCGAGAUAAAGUGGAGGAAGUGUAGGUACUGUCCAACUACAUGAUGUUCCUCCUCGUCAAGCGACCUGACAUGGUGCCGGGCAUUGCUCAGAACAAGCUGUACCAGUGGACCAAGAGGAGUGGACCAAGAGGAGCUUGGCCACCAACGUAGCUAAUUCUGACGUCGUCAAUCCUGCCAGCGCCCUAUACGACAUGGAUAUCACCGGAGUUCAGGGGCAUCGUCUGGGGCUAGCAAUCAAGCUGGCUAGAAAUCUGGUAAACACCAAGAACGCGCUGGAACUGGUCUACGAGGUCUGGGUCGAUUUUCUAAUCUACACAGCCAACCGGUGCAGCAGGGAGUCACAUGCCAAGAAGCUCAACAGUGGUGGUGAGUUCACAACCCUUGUAUGGCUUAUGGCGGACCACCUUCACCAAGUGGCCGUCAACACGUUUGUUUGCGCUCUUUUGGGGCGAAGACAAAGACGCUACCCUUCGCUUCAAUCCUUCGUCAACCUCGUUGUACCAACGGAAGCAAAACGACCGGCGAGGUCCACCCUUCGUCCUCUACAGUGCAAGAUGAAGGCCUACAACGGAGUCGCCCCUUCCCUCGCCCUCACCCAACCUGGAGGCCCACGUGAGAUUCGACCCAUUGUAAUAGGCCCCGCACAGAGAGCGUGUGUUACGGGCCCGAUUUGUAAUGGCUUUUCUGUAAUGAUAGUCUGUAACCCUCC